AUGGCUGUUCCACCUGCUUAUGCUGAUCUGGGCAAAUCUGCCAGAGAUGUGUUCAACAAGGGAUAUGGUUUUGGGUUAAUAAAACUUGAUUUGAAAACAAAAUCUGAAAAUGGACUGGAAUUCACAAGCUCAGGUUCAGCAAACACAGAAACAAGCAAAGUUAAUGGUAGUUUGGAAACAAAAUACAAGUGGGUGGAGUAUGGAUUGAUGUUCACAGAAAAGUGGAACACAGACAACACACUAGGCACCGAGAUUACACUUGAAGAUCAGCUUGCUCGUGGCCUGAAGCUGACCUUUGACUCCACCUUCUCUCCUAACACUGGGAAAAAGAGUGCUAAAGUUAAGACAGGGUACAAAAGGGAACACAUCAACAUUGGCUGUGACAUGGAUUUUGAUAUUUCUGGCCCCUCAAUCCAUGGAGCCCUGGUGCUUGGCUAUGAAGGGUGGCUGGCAGGUUAUCAGAUGACCUUCGAGAGCGCCAAGUCUAGAGUCACCCAGAGCAACUUCGCUGUUGGCUACAAGACCGAUGAAUUCCAGCUUCAUACCAAUGUGAAUGAUGGCACGGAGUUCGGUGGCUCCAUUUACCAGAAGGUGAACAAUAAACUGGAAACUGCUGUGCAGCUUGCCUGGACGGCUGGGAACAGCAACACACGCUUUGGAAUAGCAGCCAAGUACCAGAUUGACCCAGAUGCCUCGUUUUGUGCUAAAGUGAACAAUUCCAGUCUGAUUGGAUUAGGAUACACUCAGAUUUUAAAGCCAGGUAUUAAAAUGACACUGUCAGCUUUGUUGGAUGGCAAGAACGUCAACGCAGGUGGUCACAAACUUGGUCUAGGAUUGGAAUUUGAAGCAUAAGGAGUGGUUCUAUGAUGGCUACUUUGAAAAUUCAGCAUAGCUACCUUCAGAAUAUAGUGUACCUUUCAAUGUUUUGUCUGGGAUGCAAGCUUUGCUCGGUAUCAGUUCUGCUAGUCCUGGUUAAAGACAGUUAAGCUUUAAAAAUGAUGUUAGAGAAAUGGAGACAAAACCAUAUUCCAAAACCUAAUUUUAGGUUGUUUUGAUGGUGGUGUUGGUUGGUUGGUUUAGUUUUUUUUAAUGUUACUGCCCAUGACACCUGUCAGCUGCCACAAAAUAGGAAGUAGGAAGAUAUUGAUUACUAAUAUAUUGACCACACAUGGAAUAUGUUAAUGUGGCAUAAAAACUAUGAUGUGAAGAAUCACAAACCACUAUUUGUACUGUUAAUUCUGCAAGCCAAGUGUUCUGACACAUAAGGUGCAUGGUGGAAUGUGUAAACUUUUGUGAAAAAGGGAUUUUUUUUUUCGAAACAAUUUUUUUUUUUUUGAUAGGCAUUUCAUGAAAAACGAUAUGGCUGUUUUUUGUUAUCUUCCACCUACAGCUGUCUCCAGAAUGCUUUAGUUUGUCCACUCUGUUUAAACAAAGUCCAUUGUGGAGGUUUGAUGUGACUCAGCCAAUACUACCUGUCCUGUGUUGUGGUUCCUUUCCCCUGCACUGACUGGGAAGCUUGUAAGACGGCCAUAAUCAGGGAAGAGUUUGUAACUGCAAACCCAUAGUUGCAUCACUGAAUUUAAAAUGGACUUUUGUUUUAUUACGACUUUUUUGCAGCAACUAAAUGGGUGCAUUUUUAGAGAGUCUUCCAUUUUGUGUGGAACUAGACCCCAAAAUGUUGUACUUGACACUACCAAAAAUGGAUUAAAAAACC